CCGGGGCCCCCCUGCCCGGGCCCCCGCGCCUGCGAUGAGCCCAUGGCCUCGUCGCGGACGCCCGGCCGCGAGGAGGAGGAGGGGCCGGCGGCGGGGCCCGGGGCCGGCGGGGUUCGAGACGGCGAUGGCGACCGCUCCCUGCAGCAGAUGCUGCGGGCCAUCGCGGAGGAGCGGAGGCGCCUCGGCCUCCGCCAGGAGAUCAGCGGCCUCGGGUGUUUCAAAGACGACCGCAUCGUCUUCUGGACCCGUAUGUUUUCCACAUACUUCAUGGAGAAGUGGGCCCCGAGGCAGGACGACAUGCUGUUCUAUGUGCGCCGGAAGCUGUCCUACGCAGGGAGCACCGACAGCCCCAGCGACGACGGGAAGAAGCAGGUAGAUGUGGAGGUUUACCGGCGGGACUCCAAGAAGCUGCCUGGCCUCGGGGACCCCGACAUUGACUGGGAGGAGAGUGUCUGCCUAAACCUCAUCCUACAAAAGCUUGACUACAUGGUGACAUGCGCUGUCUGCACACGCUUGGAUGGAGGCGACAUUCACAUCCACAAGAAGAAAUCCCAGCAAGUGUUUGCGUCUCCCAGCAAGCACCCGAUGGACAGCAAGGGCGAGGAGUCCAAGAUCAGCUACCCCAACAUUUUCUUCAUGAUUGACAACUUUGAGGAGGUCUUCUGUGACAUGGCCGUGGGCGAAGGCGAGAUGGUCUGCGUGGAGCUGGUGGCCAGCGACAAGGUCAACACCUUCCAGGGCGUCAUCUUCCAAGGCUCCAUCCGAUACGAGGCGCUCAAGAAAGUCUAUGACAACCGGGUGAGCGUGGCGGCUAAGAUGGCCCAGCGGAUGUCUUUUGGCUUCUACAAGUACAACAACAUGGAGUUUGUGCGAAUGAAGGGGCCACAGGGGAAGGGACACGCCGAGAUGGCGGUCAGCCGCGUUUCCACUGGUGACACGUCCCCAUACGGCACUGAGGAAGACUCCAACCCAGCCUCACCCAUGCACGAGAGAGUAAGGGUGCUGGGGGCACAGGUGACUUCCUUCAGCACACCGCCAACCCCAGAGCGCAACAACCGGCCGGCCUUCUUCUCCCCUUCCCUCAAGCGGAAAGUGCCCCGGACCCGGAUCGCGGAGAUGAAGAAGUCCCACUCAGCCAAUGACAGUGAGGAGUUCUUCCGGGAUGACGCCGGCGAGGCAGAUCUUCACAACACCACCAAUUUACGGUCGAGGUCUCUGUCUGGGACAGGGCGGUCGCUUGUUGGGUCGUGGCUCAAACUAAACCGGGCCGAUGGAAAUUUUCUCCUCUAUGCACACUUAACCUACGUCACAUUGCCCCUGCAUCGGAUUUUAACAGACAUCCUGGAAGUUCGGCAGAAACCCAUCCUGAUGACGUAGCAGCGAGCCCCGGAGAGCCAGCAUUGCCCCGGGUGCUGCUGCCAAGUGCAAGUGCCUGUCUGCCGUGGUUCUCUGUGACACCUGCCGCCGCUGCCGCUGCCGCCGCCACCGCCCGGAGUCCAGAGCCCAGCAUCUGCCCCUGCCUGGCCAGGUUUGCCCAAGGGAAGCCUCUCCGAGAACACCAGCCGCCCCAACUGAAGUGCCUCUUUCUCCUCCCAUGCCACCUGGCCCCCAUGUGCACGUGCCGCAGAUGCCCUGACGAGGACGUGGGUCCAGAAGAGGCCAGGAGAGCCGACCGAGCCGCGCCAUCCUCAUUCUUUCACACAGUUGCUGACAGUCAGCUUUCCGACAGAAGAGAGCAAGCCAAGUGUCCACAGCCUUGCUGGGGACCGUCCGAACCCCCUGAGGGGAGGGUCUCUCGGUGAUGUCCCACGACCUCUUCUGUGGGUAGGGGCGGGGGUCGAGGGAGGAGUGGACCCAGGACUCUUUUGCAGUGCCUGGCCUUACUCAGGCUGGGGUCUGGCCAGGCUGAGGGCAGUCCCUUUAAGUGCCCCGUGGGAAGGGGGUCUCCCGGACUGGCAGCCCUCUUCCGCUUCCAGCCAAAGAAUACCCAUCACCCACUGGAGAGGCAGAGUGUGAGGCUGGACGCCUGGUGGGGUUCUCCAGCCCAUGGCCGGUGGAGACCCCUGACAGCGGCUGGUCAGGCACGGCGAUGUCGUCUGGAAUCUGGGGGCCGGGGGAGCCCACUUUGUCCUCUGACUGUUGAUCUCAUUUUUCAGUCUGAUACACUGAGGCAUGAGAGGAGUUGGUGAAGAUGGCGGGGGUGGGGGAGGACGGCCCAUUGGAGGAAGGAACCUUUGGACAGAGGCGUGAAUUUUUUGAUUUCCAUUUUUUCUUCUCCUUUGGAGGGCAAGUGGCUCCACAGUGCCAGGCUUGAAUUUCAUCCCUGAUCCAGCGCGAGGGGGAUUCCCAUUGUCCCAUUGACAAGGGGGCCUGUUCUGUUAUCCUGGGGAGGACAGACGCUUUCCUGGUCCAUCUGGAAUAAACUUCCUACCGACCCUGUCCAUUGCGGCCGGUUGGGGAGCCAGCCUUGGGGUCAGGGAGGGCUCUUGGUGACAUGUGGUCAGUGGUUCCAAGAGGAAACGUUUCCCAAGCUUGGCCUUAGUGCAGGGGUGGGAACACCACAGGCAAGUGAUUUCCUUUCUUGGUGCCUCAGUUUACCCAUCUGUAAAAUGGGGCUAAUCACCUACCUCACAAGGUGUCAGGAGAGUGAAAGGGAUGACAGACAGGUCCCUCCCACCACUGGGGGAGAGGGGCACAGGGACAUCCGUCCUGCCCUAGGUAAUGCAGUCCAAAGUUGGGAGUCCCACCACCAUCUGGAGCCAAGUGCCAAAAGUUAGUGCUUUUUAUUCCUUUGGGGGCUUCCUGGGAGUGGGAGCUCCCACUGCCUCUCCAGAGAAACAAGUCUGGGCGUGUCUCCGAUGCAGGCAGCCCCUGAGAAGGGCUUGGGUCCCUUCGGAGGCACAGAUGAUCUGACUAGGAGGACCCCCCGUGCUCACAUGCACACAGACAGACACACACACACCAGCAUUUUAGAGCAGCAUUAACAUUAGCAGGAAGAAAAUUGGAUUGGGACCUGGGUUCAAAUCUCAGCUCCUCCACUCAUUCCGUCACCUUUAAAAUGAGGGCUAGUCUCUACAGCCCAGCUCUACAGCUGGCAUGGGUCACCCUCUCCUCGGCACCCCCAGGGGUCUCUGUGUCAGACAACUCCAGCCUUAAUCUGAACACAAGACUGACUGUGGACUGAGGCUCGCCCAGGAACCUUGGGGCCCUGAGCCCACAAACUCCCCGGGAGAUGGCUGUCUGCUUGCUGCUUGUUAGCGAGAUCUGGGGCCCACACACAAUUUUCCCUUUAGAUCAGGAGUUCCUACCUGGGUCCAUGGACCCUUUAUUUUUUUGAGGAGGGGUCUGUGAACUUGGGGAAAAGAUGCCAUCUAUUAUCAUGGCUAACCUCUGAGUCAUAGCAUUUCCUUCUGAGAAGCCCGGCCACAGGCUUCAGACUGACCGUCACAGGGGCCAAGGGACUGCGUCUUAGAGGAAACCAGUGUGUGUAUGGAGAGGUGGCCUGGAGAGGCUCAUACAGCAGCAGCGACGGCCUGCACUUGGGUCUUCCUGCCAGGUUCAGGACGGAAGGGACCUUCAGGACCAACAUUUUACAGCUGAGGAAACUGAGGCCCAGAGAGGGGAAGAGCCGGCACCUUGUGCCGCUCCGCGUCUUUUCUCUCCCCUGUGUCUAAGUGGGGCCCAGUGGCUCCUGCUCCCCCCUUUCCCCAAGGCCAUGAUGCCAAAGCUGGGUUAGCCUCGCCUUGAGGACCGACGGUGGGCAAUGGGGAUAGCUAAGGACAGAAAGGAGGGACCCGAGAUCUGCAGCCAGCGCCACCCCCCCCCCCAAGCCUUCCUGUGACACUGGGCGUCUUCAAGCCUCUGCACAGACAGCCUUGGGCAGCGACAAAGGACAAGGUGGCGGGGGCAGAACCCUCAUUUGUAGUUUAGACAACAAACACUUGUGAAGUGCUUCCGAAAGGCGAGGUUCUGGGGUUUGUCCACAGCACGUUCUGGGAGUAAUAUUACUUCCCUUUACGUUUGCCAGGCUCUGAUGUUUUCUCCUGUAUUUGCCAAACAACCUAGAACCUAGAACCGAGGGCCCCUCUUCCCCUUGGAAGGGUCGUCCUCCCGGCUUUGCCUUCACCCCCUGCAGCCUGGACCCUCUCUAUGGGCUGCUCUACUGAACGGCGAGUCAGCUGCAACACUGGACGGGGGGCAGGUGCAUGGACUUCCCAGAUGAGGUCUCCCAGGGCGGAGCCCUCCCCUCCUCCAAAAGAUGUGCCCACGCAGCCAGUCAGACAGUGGUCCAAGAGUUUGUUUACAGUUUUCUGUGCCCCUGAGGCAGGAGGGAUUUUUAUCUCCUGUGCCCAGACCCCCACACCCCCAGGAGCUUGGGAAGCAGCCAGGCGCCCCUUCUCCAGGGCACUCUCCCACUGGCAGGAGGGGGCGGGGGAUGGGAAGGUGUAAAUACCCCAUGUGUGCUUCCUGAUUCCAUGUCCCAGUAGUCACACCUGUAAACACCAGUUCAAAGGAGUUUCCUCCCACCAUUUCAAGGCUUCCCUACUCUUUGGAAAAACGUGUUUUGGCGUGGACAUUGUUAAUUACACUGAAGGUGACACAGG